AGAUCAACAACAAGUUCCGAAUAGAUCGGCCUCCCACACAGCAUUUUACCAACGAACAAGAACCAAGCACGACCAAACAACGAGGUGGCAAACAGCGCAUGCGCCAGAGGCACCGAAAAGCAGCACAUUUGCGAAAAGGCAACCCCAACAAGACGACCAAAACGGCAACGGCAACGGCAACGGCAACGGCAACGGCAACGACAACGGCAACGGCAAAGGCAACGGCAAGGGAAACAAAAGCAGAACGCACCAUGUCGUUCGAUUACGACGAGGCCGAUCCUUCUCCCGCCGGCGACGAAAGCGCCGGGAAUCCCGUGGACCGCAACGGCAGCGACAGGGGCAGGUGCUCUCCGAGCGGAACAAGCCGCGCGGGCAGGUGGAUCGAGGUCCUCCUGUGCUUCCUCCCGGUGCCCGCCGGAAUCGCCCUGGAGUUCGGGACGCCCCACCAGCGGCCCAUGCCCGUGGAGCAGACCACGACGGAGGACGGCGAUUCGAUCACCAUCGAGUCGUACCUCUUUGGCUUUCCCAGGAGAGACGAGACGGUCUCGCCGCCCCUCAUGUUCGCUCUGGCGAUCGCUGUUCCCUUUCUGCUGCAGGUGGGCCUCAUAGCGGUGCUCCAGAAGARGGGGGCUUCCACCCUCCGGAGGGACGCCCUCCACAAGACCUUGUGCGUCUAUUUCAUGGCCACCGGCUGGACCCAGACGCUGACGAACCUCGCCAAGCUGUACGUGGGGUACCUCCGGCCCGUCUUUUUCGAGUACUGCCAGCCCGACGGGGACUACGGGGAGUGCACCGACGAGAGCGGUGCGCACAAGGGAAGGGUCAGCUUUCCGUCGGGCCACGCGAGCAUGAGCGUCUGUGGGCUCCUCCUCUUCUCCCUCUUCCUCGAGGACACCCUGGGACUGUCGGCCUGGGAGCGAGGUCUCGGGGGAGGCCGGCGGUCCGGCCAGUCCCCGGAGGCCUCUCCCUGGACGAGGCUCGGAUCGGUGGCCUGCUUUUCGCCCAUGCUGCUGGCGAUUUUCAUUGGUGAGUGGGACACGGCAUGGCAUGGCAUGGCAUGGCAUGACCGGAUCGGACCGGGGCGUGUUCGACGGGACGAGAGGGGUGGGAUGUCCUCUGGUUUGUUUGCGUGUUUGGUGUUGUUGCAUUUUUGUUUUGUUUUGUUUCGUUUCGCGGAAUGGACCCGCGGGCGGAACAGAUGCCACAAGUCGUGCAUCGGUUUUCCCAUCUCUGGUUUUGCGACCAAUCAAAUCACAUCGAUCUUCCAUUCUCGAAAAUCUCUCAUUGUGCCUCGUUUCUGAAAUUGCUCGCACUAUCCCUCUAUUGAUUGAUUGAUCGAUCGAUCGUCGAUKGGUGAUACACACCAAACCAAUGAAAUGGAAUGGAAUGCAACACCUUCCAACACAAACGGAAACGAUGGCAAUGCAGCCGUGUCGAGGGUCCACGACAAUUUCCAUCACCCCGCCGACGUCGUAGGCGGGGCUUUGCUAGGUGGAUCCAUUGCCUCGCUCAUGUUUGGAAUUUGGUACGUGCUCGAUCUSUUGUUGCGAUUAUUUGUAGGCCGGGUUGGUCGCRAUUGCGAUUGCGAUGCAACAACAACAACAACGGCAAUGCAUCCGGUGCAAUGUUUGCCGCCAUUCGGCAGGAAUUCCCCCACUCACCCAUGUGGUUCGGUGUUUUUGUUGCCCUCGAUGCUUUGCCUGCGCAAYGGCUAUGAACRAAUCCCGGUGCAGGUUUCGAUAGGGGAUGGCGGUGCACACRGGKUGCGCUUCGUCACUGCUGCGCGGCGAUGCUGUGCUUGGUGGCUGUGCCGCGCUCGGACGCGAUGCCCGCGGGUCUCGAGAGAGCCUUGUUUCGUACUCUGCUUCCGUGUCCCAUGCCGUAUGGUUCGUCCGAAUACUACUAAUGAASAAACAAUAAUAUAAUAAAAAAUAAAGCAGUUG